GAAUCCCGCAUGAUCAACAAAGAAGUUCGGUCGCCAUCUUCUUGGGAAGAUAGUGAUUCGUAUUAUUAUUAUCUUGAAAUUCCCCACUGUGCUAAAAAAAUUUAUUGUGUAUGUGUUUCUCCACAAAUGGCUUGUCUCAUAACACUUAAACAGGAGAUUAAAACUUUAGAAUCAGUUUUUACGAAAAAUCACGAAAGAUUUCAGAUUGUGUCAGCAAGUGUAGAUGAACUUCUGUGUAAAUUUAUUGGUAAAAACGGUAAAAAGUAUGAAAUACACGCAAAUAUUACAGAGACGUACCCGUCCACUCCGCCGGUCUGGUUCGCUGAAUCGGAGGAAACCAGUGUGACCAACGCUGUCCAGGUCCUGAGCAACACUUCGGGCAGGGACAACCACGUGGUGAGCCAGGUGUCCAUCUUGGUGCGGGAGCUGUGCCGCCUGCACGGCCUGCCCGAGCCGGCGGACCUGGGGCGCCUCGCGCCGCCCCCACCGCUGCGCCCGCGCCAGCGCCGGGACGAGGACGACAUGGAGGACGAGGACGAGGACGAGGAUGAGGGGGAGGAGGACCUGCACCUCGACCUGGACGAGGGUGACGCCGCCAAGAGCAAGUGCGAGGAGAUGGACACGGAGCAUCUUGCAACACUGGAGCGUUUGCGGCAAAGCCAGCGCCAGGACUACCUCAAGGGUUCCGUGUCGGGUUCCGUGCAGGCCACGGACAGACUGAUGAAGGAGCUGCGUGAUAUAUACCGCUCCGACAGCUUUAAGAAAGGAAUGUAUAGUAUAGACCUGAUCAACGACAGCUUGUACGAGUGGAACAUACGCCUGAUGAGUGUGGACCCGGACUCUCCACUGCACAAUGACCUUGUGCUACUCAAGGAGAAGGAAGGGAAGGACAACAUACUGCUCCAUAUGACCUUCAAGGAGAACUACCCGUUUGAGCCGCCCUUUGUGCGAGUGGUACACCCGGUGAUCACGGGUGGCUACGUGCUGGUGGGCGGGGCCAUCUGCAUGGAGCUGCUCACGAAGCAGGGCUGGAGCUCCGCCUACACCGUGGAAGCAGUCAUCAUGCAGAUAGCAGCCACGCUCGUCAAGGGCAAGGCACGCAUACAGUUCGGUGCGGCCAAGGUUUGUAGUCAGGGGCAGUACAGCUUAGCACGAGCUCAGCAAUCCUUCAAGUCAUUAGUCCAAAUUCAUGAGAAGAAUGGCUGGUUCACACCGCCCAAAGAAGACGGUUAAGAGGAGUGCGACAUGUUCCUGUGUUCGUCGAGGCCAGGCGUGGCCGGAUCGUAGAGACUGACUGAGGCCUGGACACCAGCCCCACAGCGGGUGGAGUCGUGCCAAGUGCUGCAACGCCCACAGUUGUUUGUUAAGUGUUCAUGACACUAGUGACUUGGUGCUGUCCAAGAGAGAGUGUGAACAAGUUGUUGCGAAUCAGUGUUCAGUCGCGUGAUUCUCAUACUUUUAAGUUGAACCAAAUAUAAAGUGGAGCGGUUAUGAAUACAAGUACUGGCACAAUAUACAUUUAUUUUUUUUGAUGCACAAAAAAUGGCUUAUUCAGCAUUUUCCUUGACUUUUUGCAGUUAUGUUAAUUUUCUGUAGAACAAUCAAACAGCAUGAUAGUUGAACACACACAGACAUAUUUCAUAUCUUAUACAACCUCUUUUUUUUCUUCAUAUUGUUUGAUUAUAGAAUCUUUGUGCAUCUUAAUUUCAUGUAUUUUGUCUAUUAUUUUAGUAAGCUGUUUCAUAAAUUUUAUAAUAUUAAAAAUAAGAAUGAAUGUGUUUAAUAUACGUCUGUGUGUGCUAAAAGAGAUUGGUGUUAUGGAGCUAAACAUUAUUCAAGUGUUAAAGAGUAUUGGCUUUAAUGGCAUUCCUUGAAGUUAAAAAGAAGGAAAGAAUUUCUUGAUAAAUGUUGCAUUUUCCUUAUAUAAGUAACAUUUUGAACUGUUUACAUUUUUUUUUGCAAGAAAAUUAUACUUUGUAACAGAUUGGUAUGGCAACUAUUCUAUUGAGUAUUCACAUAAUGGAAAUCAUUAAACUUGUGACUGUGAAAAAAUAUUAUAUGUGAGACGAUACUGUAGCACAUCAUUUUAUGAUUCUUUAAUUAUGAAUAAAUGAUUUUGUGUUCAUAAAGCAUAAUUAAAAAUUAAAUUAUUAAAUUUUUUUGUGGAACUGAGUAUGGCAUUUAAAAAGCGGGAGGCACUGUUAAUGUAGUACUUUUUUUGUUGUAUUGCAUCAUACAAAUUUAAAAAUAUUUUUGAUUCGGAGAAAUAAAAAUAGGUCUUAUGUUUUUUGGUAUUUAAAUCUUAACGUUUAUAAAAAUAUCUUACUUGUGUUGAUUUGGUGCCUUCAGUUCAGAAUGGAAUUUGUACAAAAAUGUUUUCAUUGUUUUGUAUGUAUCUUGUAAAACUGAAAGUUACUUUUAAAAAACUGUCCUUUAAUGAAAUGUGUGCUUUUUCUUCCCUGUGAUUAAGUGAUAAAGGAAUGAUAAAUCUAAACACAAAAUAUCCUGUAAAUUAUUUUUAAUAAUGAAGUAAUUUAAUUUUUUGUAAAUUUGUGAAGUUGUAAAUAUUGACUUCCUGUGUUGAGCAAUCAAAACUGAGAAAUACGUAAUCAAUUAUUCUGUGGCCGGGCGACAACAGUACGGCCCGGUGGCAUACAUGCGGAUGUAAUAACAUUUGAUCCUUUGCACCUAAUAGUCUCAACUGAACUUGCCUUAGCUGAUGUUUGUACACAAGCUGAUAGUGUAGUCAGACCUUCACGAGCAUCUCUUCCCCCCUCGUAUAGCUAACUGUAUGCCACAGUACAUCAGUUGUUUACCGAGUUGAAACAGACUUCGUGGCGUAAAGCCCAACAUUAAAUUUUUAUUUUGUCUGUGGCGAUUUCGUGCUAAUUGAAAUCGACAGACAUGCUAUUUAAGACUGGGGCAGUAAAAUUAACAUUGUACUAAAUGAAUUGGUGUAUUCAGUUCCCGGUAUUAUUUUGUACUUUUCUGUUACCUCAUGUAGCGAUAUGUUUAUUGUGCGGGAAAGGUAAACAAAUACAUUCUUUCAAUGUUACCAGUGUCUUAUGAUGUAACAACACACAAGUAAUGUAUGCCAUAGUGAAUAGUUACAGUGAAUUUGGGGAGUGAUAGAAAAUGAAAUACGCCAUCUUGGUUUCAACAAAUUUUUGGCUAUAACAUCAUUCUGUUAAUUGCUGUAUUGUUUAAAGCAUGAUAUAUUUAAAUAUAAUUGCUGAAGUUCAUAGUGACUGGCUGCUGCAUACAUUUUUCUGUGUGAUCUCUGCUUAACAAAGUAGAAUUUUCAAAUAAAAACGAAACAAACUGUUAUAGCACAAACACAGUUGAAGAAAUUUGGCAUCGUACAGUUCCUUUGAUAUAGUGGUGAUACCAUUUUUUGCCAGUUAGAAUAUUUAAAAUUUCUGGCUGUUUGUAAGUCAAAAGCUUAUUACAAUAUAUACCGUGUUUUCUCGCACAAUCGUCGCACAUUUUAUUCUGAAAUAAAGUUUGAAAAGUAGGGAUUCAACAAUUAUGCAAAUAAAUAAUUUUUUUUUGUUAGAUAAAGUUAUUUAUGAAAACAAAACCCAUUAAUGGAAUGUACGUUUAUAGGAGCAACUUUAAAUAGAAAAACCAAAACUGUGACGUGAACACAAACCACUUGAAUCUGUGAUGUGAACUAACGUGUCGUAGUACACACUUGCCACGAAAGAAUGCGAGCCAUCAAAUGUAGUUAACUGGACAGAUGACAGAGAGUGCGCGUUGCAGGAAUCGGCGGAUAUCAAUAUUCGACUACGUGUGCGCGCUCUAUACGGGAAGCAUCAUAACCAAACAAGAACUAUAUCAACUGGUGAUUUCUACAUUAUUGUAAAUGGUACAUCGCGACGAUGCAAACGAAUAGAUAAAGGUAAUAACGUUAAAAAACAUCUUUAAAAGAAAAAUUUACACGUCAGACAACUUCGUAUUUCCGUUAAUUAAAUAAGUACAGUGGAACCUCGUUACUACGAGAGCUGACGAUGACGGCAAAAAUUCUCAUAACGAGUACUCGUUAUAACCGAAUAUAAAAAAUUAAAUUGAAGUUAGAUUCUGGACCGUCCAAACAGUCUUUAAUUUCACACCGUAACUUUAAAACGGUGCACUAUAGUGAAAAAAACGUAUUGAAUAAAAGUUGUAGAAAAUUAAAUUACGAAUAGAAAGUGUCACUAUGGAAUUUUUUGUAUCUAAAACGGUUUUUGAUUUAAACGCGAAUGAAAUGGCCUGAUUCAAAGACCGGCACCGUUCAUGUCCAUGGAGGGAAGGUAUGUGAAGCCGUGAAAAAAAAAGGAGCGAAGAAAGGAAGUGUGUCGGCUGCCGACUUAGGAGGGGAAGCAACUGGCGCCGUCAAGAGAAAGAAAGAGGGUGGGAAAGAGAGAGGGCGCAUUUUGUUUGUCACCAGUCCUUCCUCCCCUGAUACUUGCUUAUACCUGCUAAGGACCCAGUCCUUCUGGCACCUGCGUAGCUACGCAGCUGUCUGUGUUUACCGCGUGAACAUUAUUUUUUCAACUGACGGUGUUUUUCCUAUUUUGAAGAUGCCAUUCAAAUCACUCGUACUUACGAAAGGGCCAACAAGGAGGCACUCGCAAUAACCGGUUUAAUUUGGUAUGAUUUACGUAGUCAAACUGACGGUGCAUUACAAAACUGUCAUAACAACGAAGGUCUCGUAGUAUUCCGUACUCGUAAUAACGAGGUUCCACUGUAAGUGGUAAUGUCCGAAUAAACAUUAGAUUUAUACUUUAAAAUACAUCGUUUUAUACUAAAAAGAUACCUACACAAAGCGCUCUGCAUCUAAUAGCGGGACCAAAAACAACAUGCGACGUUUACGCGUGAAGUUAUUUUUAUCCCAAUAAUUGGGAAAUUUUGAUGGCCUAAAAUAUUGGUGCGACGAUUAUGGGAGUGCGACGAUUACGCGAUAAAAGAGGGUAAACAAACCAUGCAAGUGAAAUAUAUUGCAUUAUAAAACAUAAGUACAUUAAAACUGUAGACUAAUGAACAUUAUACAUUUUAAUUUGAAGAAAUAUAUUUAUAAAUGAAUGUUAACAUGCUUAACCAGAUAAUUGGAAUGUCUUUUCUGUCAGGAUUUUGAUGACAGCAAUGAUUGCCUACCUAUUUGGAAGGUUUGAGGUUAACUUAUUAAAUACUUAAAGUUUUAGGCUAACACAAUUAGUGUAUGUCUCUUUUGUGGGUGUUUUAUUUUUAAUAAAAAAAUGUCUCAGUUAACCUCAUUCAUAUUUCGUUUAGCACUGGGUUUUUUCUUUUAAUCAUCAAAACUGGAACUGAUAACCAAGGUUCUUGAUUUAAAACUGAACUGACCAAUAAAAACCAGAACCGCACAACCUUACUAGGAAUUGGAAAUGUAUACAUAUUAAGUACAUUAAUAAUUGGUACCUUUUACAGUCAAACCUCUUUAUUACAAACCUGAAGGGACCAUUAUUUUGGCAUUUUUAGUAACGAGGUUUGUAUCAACCAAACUAUUGGGAAAUCAUUACAACUUAAAUCAAUUGAUUACCUUCUAAUUCUUAUAAUUACAACCAUAAAUAAUAGAUACACUGUAUUACAUAAAUCUAUGUAGCCAACCUCUACUGAACGUAAAUUUUCAAAAUUUCUAACCUCAGUGCUAAGUAAUCUGCCUUCUUCUACAUCACAGGUCCAGAAAUUGGCAGAUUUGCUUCACGUAUUUCUUCAUGUUUUGGACCACUCAUUCUUUUUAUAGUUGAUAACCCACAAGUGCACCGUGGCGUGAACCAGCUUAUUCCUACCAAGUUACAAACGGCGCUCGUAGAGUCCCUUGACAAAAUUUCAAAAUUACAUAGUGACGUUGGCCAGUCAGGCUUCGAACAAGUAGACUUUAUAUCUUUGCAAGUUAAGUAAGACAAGAGUGCGGGGAGCUCAGGUCCCACAAAGAUUAUAAGCAAUUACAAUAACUUAGCGCGAUAUACUGCGCUAUAAAAGUAGUUACAAUUCACGUUUGACAAAGUUGACUAGUAUGAAGUUCAAAAAAGGAAGAAAGGUCCCAAACUAACAUUACACAUUAUGAAUGCCUGGGGUAACAUAUGGCGCAUACUACAUGGAAACUAGAGACAACAAAUGAGCGCUGCGCGGUGUACGAUAAACAUGUUAACUCUAAAAUAUUUAAGAAAAAACAUAUAUCAGGAGACAGACUGAUGCUUAUAGCCAAAGUGGCCGAAAACAGUUCAUAGUGAACAGUGUAAUAUGUCCCUAUCCAGACGUCAGCCCGUGGGAGUGCUUAUCUUACACGUGGCAGUGCGCAAAGCCAAAAGGGCGGAAAACAGCAAAAACGUCACACCGGCAGGAAACCCAUGACGAGAGCACUUAAGGUGCCUAAAGCAAGAGAUAAAGCACAUAAAACAAACGAAAAUGAGAAAUUGUCAAACAAGCCCAGGCGACGAGCGUGAAAAGCGGCGAUGCAAACCGUGUAAGAAAACAUACUUCCGAAAAAACCUAAUUAGGGUGAAAAAGUCGGGGUCCCAGACAAACCUAGCAAAACCCUGCAUGAUGGCGGAAGAUGAACUUUACGUUACUCACUGGGAUCCCACGACUGUACAACAACUUACUUUACAGACGGCCAUCUCGUGCCCACACAAAGAGAAAUUCAUUAAAGCCCUUCAUGAAGCGAAGUCUCCCUGGGUGCCGUCCUAGCCUAACAAGCUAACUGAUAACAUGCUUAAAGUAUGCUAAGCUAAAAAUAACCCGGGGGCACAGCCGACGGCUGCUUAAAUAGCCUCGCAUAGAGCGCGCUGAGGUCGGAGAGCUUCGGCGGGGAAGCUGAAAAGUGCAGGAGGGGGAAACAAACUCACUGGGGAUGGAGAAGAGAGGAGAGAGGGGUGGGAAGGAUGUGACGUAGCGACGUACGAGGCGGUGGGCUGCUUCACAAGAACUUGCAAAAGCUGAUUUUUGAAAUAUUGUUGACUAGGACAAUUGUGGGAUGUUCAGUCUCUAGGGGUUACAGUAUUUUUUUUCUCCAUUUUAAACUUAGCUAAUUUUAAACUUGGAAUGUAAUAUCGUUACGUUUACGUUUUGCAAUCAUUUUACAACACAACACUCACUCAAAAUUCAGGUUAUGGCAUACAUGCGAUCAAAAUAAAAUACCCGAACUUAUUAUCAUAGAUUAUGUAUACUUCAUGUGUACACUUCCGAUGACUCAUAUAAAUAUGGUAUAGAGUACCUUCCUUUUAGUUUCAGUUUACAAAAUGACAUCUUUUUAGUCUAGUUUCUAAAAUUGUCGCUAAUGUUACACUUUUCAUCUUGUUUUUCAACCAUUUUAUGCUGUAGAAUACAUUCACAUGUCUUUGUAUAAAUGUUUGUAUACUUGAUGUUUGAUAAAACGUGAUUAUUUAUUUUGAACUUCAGAAGUAAAAUUUGUGUUAAACAAUUGUAAGUUAUACAUGUAAACAGCAACUUGAGGGAUUAAAACAACUUCUAAUUUCAUAUUAACAGUAUUUCGUGUGAAAAGACUGAUUGACUGUAAUCCAUUUUUCCCAUAUCAGUCUUUCAUUUUUCAUGAAUUAAAAACAGUCAUUUGAUGAUCGUGUAAGCUUUGUAAAUGUUUUCAGGUCUCUUAGCAUAAAUUUAAAUUUACACUUUUAGCAACAUAACUAAUAUGUGUGAACUCAAACCUUAACAUCAACUAAAAAAUGUAAUUGUAUUAAUUGCAAACAAGUUUGGUGAAAAUAGAUAUUAGCAAUGACUUGUAGCUGGCACGGCCCCUGCUAUUGACAGCCUCUUUUAUCAAGGUGCUUGUACCAGUCACAGAAGUUCUCAGAACUAGUGUUGUGAGAAGAAGAUGAAAUGUAGUGUGAUGUGCAAUAUGUGAUCAAUGCGGUAUUACCCUCAAUACUACACAAUGAAUGCAUUCACACAGAAAAACAAAAAUACCUUUAAAUAACUGUAGCUAUAGCAAAAAAAAUUAAGUCAUGUUAAAUUAAUAAUAUAUGCUAUUAUUUCAAUUAAAACAAAACCUUUACUGUAUCUCUUCAAGUAUGGGUAAACUGGCCAUUGGGUGAUUCCACAUAAAGUGAUCAAAUCCAUAUUACCUUAACAUUUUUAUGGGGUUGAUCUUU